GUGGAGGCCCCUCGUCAUAUUUCCUUCGGCCAUGCGACAUGCUGGUAAGGAGGGUUGGCCUUGUCUGGGGCCUACCGAUGUCCUCGGCCUGCGGACGACAUACAACGUCGGGCCUGGUGGACCUCCCUCUCUCUGGUGCCUGUCGGUCCAGUCCGCGGUCCGGCCAAUGGCGCCAGCAGAACCCGCAUGAAUCUGGGAAAGUCGGGGAGAAUCCCAUCACUAGUGAGUCGUCGCGACUCCGUAGUCUACCGGGCUGCUUUGCGUUCUCUCAAUCCGGAGGUGUGGGGUCCCCCGGGUCGCUCCUCGAGUCCAAUCAUUCGGCCGGCCGGUCGUUUGCGAUAGUCAGAUGGUGUUACUUCGUCGUCCGUCCGUCUGUGCCGGUCGACUCUGCCCGGUCUCCUCCCGUGGAAGUUAAAUUGGGAUUACCCUGAUCUGGGAUGCGAAGGUCGCGCCGUCAUUGGCCCGUUGGCCUGAUUGGGAUUAUUAUUUGUUUCAUUAUUCUUUUU